AUGGCUACACCAGGGCUCGCGGAGGAUGAAGUGCUGGUCCAAUCUCCAGACGCUGUGGACUGGGAUCCCGCUGACGACGAUUGGCCAGUGCCUUACGACGAUGACGAAGCGGACGAGCCUGAGGACGACAUGGGGAUGCCAAUGAUAGGAUAUCCGGACAACGCAGAAACAAGUAAUUACGAAGUGUACUUCACGGACGACGACGCUGCUGACGAUACAAAGAUCGUGGUUCCGAAAAAGGUUCCCCGUCCUGUGGUAGAAACGGAUAGCACCACAGAGCACGACCACCACCACCGCGAGCUCGACUACUACCACCACGAGCACGGCUACCACCGCCAUGAGCACGACUACUACCACCUCAAGCACGACUACCACUACCACGAGCACGGCUACCACCACCUCAAGCACGACUACCACCAGUACGAGCAUGACUACCACCAGCAUGAGCGCGACUACCACCACCUCAAGCUUGACUACCACCAGCACGAGCACGACUACCACCAGCACGAGCACGACUACCGCCACCUCAAGCACGACUACCACCAGCACGAGCACGACUACCACCACCUCAAGCACGACUACCACCAGCACGAGCACGACUACCACCACCUCAAGCACGACUACCACCAGCACGAGCACGACCACCACCACAUCAAGCACGACUACCACCAGCACGAGCACGACUACCACCACAUCAAGCACGACUACCACCAGCACGAGCACGACUACCACCACCACGAGCACGACUACCACAACCACGAGCACGACUACCACAACGACGAGCACGACUACCACAACCACGAGCACGACUACCACAACGACGAGCACUACAACCACCACAUCGAGCACGACCACCACCACCACGAGCACGACUACCACCACCACGAGCACGACUACCACCACCACGAGCACGACUACAACUACAAAAGCCCCUGAGAAACCGCCUCUAGUGGGCUUGUUGCUGUGCACGCUGGGAUCUCGGUUUUCCCCUCGCACAUUCGUCUUUCCUGACGACGGACUGUGCGCCAUCACCACAUUUGACUCGUUGUUCUUGUGGAGAGGCAACAAGGUGGUUCCGCCAUACAAGGAGGAUCUCACCUACUUCUUGA